GGCGUCCGGGCCGAUGAGCUUGCCGCUUCCCCGUGCCCUGUAGAGGUUUCGAGACAGAGAGAGAAGCACGGGCCGGUUCCGAGCCCUCCGGACCGCUUGUGGGGAACUGAACCUGCACGCGGGGCCGGAACGUGGAACUGCGAGGCCGCGGAGAGGAAGGUGCAAUGGCGAGGAGUUUACCCUUAAUCUUCAUCCUGACCUUCACUCUGUCAGUCACAAAUCUCCUUCAUGAAGUAGAAUCAGCAACUGCUCUCCCUCAGACCACUGAGAAAAUUCCAAACUGGGAAUCUGGCAUUGAUGUUGAUUUGGCAGUUACCACCCAGCGACAUCAUCUACAGCAGCUUUUCCAUCGCUAUGGAGAAAAUAAUUCUUUGUCAGUUGAAGGGUUCAGAAAGUUACUUCAGAAUAUAGGCAUAGAUAAGAUUAAAAGAGUUCAUUUACACCAUGACCAUGAGCAUCACUCUGACCAUGAGCAUCACUCUGACCAUGAGCAUCACUCCGACCAUGAGCAUCACUCUGACCAUGAGCAUCACUCCGACCAUGAGCAUCACUCUCACCGUAAUCAUGCUGCUUCCGGUAAAAAUAAUCGGAAAGCUCUUUGCCCAGACCUUGACUCUGAUAGUUCCAGUAAAGACACUAGAAACAACCCGGGGAAAGGAUCUCGCCGAUCAGAACAUGCCAAUAGUAGAAGGAAUAUUUUAAUCAAAGAUGGUGUUGGUGCUAGUGAAGUGACCUCAACUGUAUAUAAUGCUGUCUCUGAAGGAACUCAUUUUCUGGAGACAAUAGAAACUCCAAAACCUGGAAAGCUCCCUAAAGAUGUGAGUAGUUCCACUCCACCCAGUAUUACAGAAAAGAGCCGGAUGAGCCGGCCCUCUAGAAGAAAAACAAAUGAAUCUGUGAGUGAGCCCAGAAAGGAGUUUAUGUAUUCCAGAAACACAAAUGCAAAUACUCAGGAGUGUUUCAAUGCGUCAAAGCUGCUCACAUCACAUGGCAUGGGCAUCCAGGUUCUGCUGAAUGAAAUGGAGUUCAACUAUCUCUGCCCAGCCAUCAUCAAUCAAAUUGAUGCUAGAUCGUGUCUGAUUCAUACAACGAGUGAAAAGAAAGCUGAAAUCCCUCCAAAGACCUAUUCUUUACAAAUAGCCUGGGUUGGUGGCUUUAUAGCCAUUUCCAUCAUCAGUUUCCUGUCUUUGCUGGGUGUUAUUUUAGUGCCUCUCAUGAAUCGGGUGUUUUUUAAGUUUCUCCUGAGUUUCCUUGUGGCAUUGGCUGUUGGGACAUUGAGUGGUGAUGCUUUUUUACAUCUUCUUCCACAUUCUCAUGCAAGUCACCACCAUAGUCACAGCCAUGAAGAAACAGCAAUGGAAAUGAAGAGAGGGCCACUGUUCAGUUAUCUGUCUUCUCAAAACAUAGAAGAAAGUACCUAUUUUGAUUCCACAUGGAAGGGUCUAACAGCUCUGGGAGGCUUGUAUUUAAUGUUUCUUGUUGAACAUGUACUCACAUUGAUCAAGCAAUUUAAAGAUAAGAAGAAAAAGAAUCAGAAAAAAACUGAAAAUGAUGAUGACGAGGAGAUUAAGAAGCGGUUGUCCAAGUAUGAAUCUCAACUUUCAACAAAUGAGGAGAAAGUAGACGCAGAUGAUCGGCCUGAAAGCUAUUUACGAGCAGACUCACAGGAGCACUCCCACUUUGAUUCUCAGCAGCCAGCAAUCUUGGAAGAAGAAGAGGUCAUGAUAGCCCAUGCACAUCCACAGGAAGUCUAUAAUGAAUAUGUACCCAAAGGGUGCAAGAAUAAAUGCCACUCGCAUUUCCAUGAUACACUGGGCCAGUCAGAUGAUCUCAUUCACCACCAUCAUGACUACCAUCAUAUUCUUCAUCACCACCACCACCAAAACCACCACCCCCACAGUCACAGUCAGCGCUACUCUCGGGAGGAGCUGAAAGAUGCUGGCAUUGCCACACUGGCAUGGAUGGUGAUAAUGGGCGAUGGCCUGCACAAUUUCAGCGAUGGCCUAGCAAUUGGUGACUUUGCUGUUUUACUAAAGGCUGGCAUGACUGUUAAGCAGGCUGUUCUUUAUAAUGCUUUGUCAGCCAUGCUGGCAUAUCUUGGAAUGGCAACAGGAAUUUUCAUUGGUCAUUAUGCUGAAAAUGUUUCUAUGUGGAUAUUUGCACUUACUGCUGGCUUAUUCAUGUAUGUUGCUCUGGUUGAUAUGGUACCUGAGAUGCUGCACAAUGAUGCUAGUGACCAUGGAUGUAGCCGCUGGGGAUAUUUCCUUUUACAGAAUGCUGGGAUGCUUUUGGGAUUUGGAAUAAUGUUGCUUAUUUCCAUAUUUGAACAUAAAAUUGUGUUCCGUAUAAAUUUCUAAUUAGGGUAUAAAUGGUAGAGUAGCUUAAAAAAAUGCUGUCUAUAGUUUGAAUAGGUCAUAGGGAAAUGAGAGUAGUUACUGUGAUAUUCAGCAUUUAAAGUAAGUGGAUUUUGUGAUUUUUGUAUGGAAUAUUGCCAUUUGUUAUGCUUAUAAGGUCAGUUAUGGUGGUAACCUAAAGGUACAUUUUAAUAUUUAAGUUAUUCUAUUUGGGGAAUAUAAUCUAUAUAUGCAAUUUACCGGUUUUACCAGUCUAUUGUAAACAAGAGAUUUGGCAUGAAUGUUCUGCAUAUUUCAAGAAAAAUGUCUUUAAUGUUUUUUUCUAGAACUAAUUUAACAGUAAUUCCCAUGCUGGAUUUUAGGACUCCAUAGAACUGCUCAUGUUCAGGAGUAAGAAUACUCACGAAGCCUAAGAUGCCAAUAAAGCUUGUACUGAAUUUAAGUUAAGAAAUAAGGAGGGACAAAAAAUAUGUGAGGAUUAAGAAGGCAUAAAUUUAUUUUUAAAAAAAUCACACAAGUGUUUGUAAAAUAGAAGGAAAAUUUAGAUUUAAAUUAAAAAGGCAAUAUUAGUAUAGAGCACAUGUGUAAACAUUUUUGUCAGAGUAUUAAUGUUCCCAUAAAACCAUAGUAAGCACUUUUUACUAAUUUAGUUGUACAUUUAACUUUAUAAUGGAAACAUCUAAAUAUAAUUAAUUCAAACACUAUACCACUUGACCAAGAAAUUUAAAUUUUAAAAUAUUUGUGUGGAGAUAUACUAGAUGAGUGUGAGCAAGUUUCUGUAUUGACAGAAGAUUUAGACAUCACCAAGUUAUGUAUUGCCCAAAGUUAUAAUUGGAUAGUUACCUGGUUUACCAAAUGUCAGCGUAUUAGGACUUUGAGAAAAGGACGUUAAAACCAUACUGAGUUGAUUUUGACUUCUGGAUUCAGGAAGUACUUUGGUAUCUUUCAGUGCUUCAGUGUUUUCACUAUGACAUGUUUAUAUACAGUAUAGUACUUUAGACAUCCUAGGGCUGUCUGUGGAAUUCUUUAGAUGUUACUUUUCUACAAAAUAAAAUCCCCAUGUCAUCUUGA